AUGAACCCUCAUUCGGAUGUGUUUCGAAACAAUGUCAUCGCCGUCGAUGUGCUUGCUGUCGUCAGCAUCGUGCUUCGUUUUGUCGCUCGACGCAUCCGCAAAGUGACUCUAGGUGCCGAUGACUGUCUCAUCGUUGCAAGCCUGGUAAAUCCGCUAUUGGUGACUCUGGCUAAUCGCAAUACUAAUGAGAUAUCGGUGUGUAGGCUUUGCUCUUCACGAUUUCCGGCAUUGCUCUGGGAAGUAAGGUGGGACCCCUGCCAGGUCUCUCUCGAGAUCACUGCUAACGAGUCAUUGAUUCAUUAUGGAAUGGGAUACGACAAAGAGGAUCUUUCCGCCGAAAGCUCGCUGAUGGUGGCUAAACUGCUCUACGUCUUUGAGAUCCUUUACGUGGUCAACCUCCUUACCAUCAAGCUUUCAAUCUUGAUGAUGUACCGCCGUAUUUUCACCAACAUCUCUCGUCUGUUCCGCGUAGGCGCAAUGAUCUGUGGUGCGGUGGUCACUCUCUGGGCCACUGCCUUUGUGCCGACCGCCAUUUUCCAGUGCACGCCGGUGGCCAGGGCUUGGGAUAUCGAUAUACCUGGUCACUGCAUUAAUUUACAACUAGGCUUCUACUGUGUCGCGCUACCCAAUAUUCUCACCGAUAUUGCCAUUCUAUCUCUGCCCAUCCGAUCUUGUUGGCAGUUACACCGGAGCGUCCUCUACCGUCUGUCCCUCAUUGGUGUCUUCAUGUUGGGUAUUUUGUGA